AUGGCCGCAGUCGUUCUUUUUUUCGCAGUUGCUGCGCUUUCGGGCUCUUCCGCUCUGGCCCAAGAUGCUACAGGAACCUAUCCUGCAACGCCCUUGGCAUCGAAGCAUUUUUCUUACCCUUCUGGAAUACCCUACAAAGUUGAUACCGACACAGGCUUGAUUCGAGGAACUCAGUUUGGUUACAACUUGUGCAACUCUACCACCGAAAAUCAGAACUCCCUUUGCCAAACUUCUUUUUUGAACGCCUUGGAUGAUUUCUGCUUGUGGGCCCCCUCCCAGCCAAACAGCACCAUCGCCGACACUGAAGGCGAGGAGGUUGCGUGGUGCACCAAGAAAGGUCGUGGGACACGUCUGAUGCCUGAAGGCACUUUGAAGGGCGUUCAGUUCAUCAGGACGCCUGGGUAUCUGCAGGUCACCGGUUUCAUUGACCAGACAAAAAUUAAUAUCCAAGAUGGGGAUUACGGAGGCGAGCUUGAUCCGCAUGGCGCCGAUCUCCGUGGAAAUCCCAUGGGUGGUCUCAUGUACACUACUGGCUGGAGCAGUGACAAUAGUACUUAUACCCAAGCUAUUGAAUGGCACAAUUUCAUGGGUGGCAAUGCUUUUUGCUUCAAGAUUUGCGAUCCUUCUGGACCCAACCCAGCUGAUCUAUGUCAACACAUUUACGAUCGUAUUGGCUGUGCCUACAAUGCACCCAACAAUGCUCAACAAGGUGUUUUCGAGUCUUGCCAGGGCGAUAACCAGGACCCCCCCGGCAUCUAUACCUCGGGCGGCGUUGUCAUGACCUACACUCAGCCUGCCGAGUCCCUCGGUCCUAUCACCUCCAUUCCCUACACCGCGAGGAUACCCGCAUCAAGCAAUUGUGUUUCGUUCGCAAGUUCAGCUUUGUACACUGACGGACCAACCGUAACCACUACCUCAUCGACCUCUGCAAAUACCUCGAAAGCAACGUCGAAGGAGGGUUCGACCGGUGGUACGGCGACCAGCACUGCCUCUGGUGCGGGAGCUGCGUCAACUGGCAAUGGCGCUACCGAGACGACGAUUUCCGGUAUUGCAGCAUUGUCUGUCAUUCUGUCUGCUCUUUUCCUUUCUUAG